AUGAAAUCACGGUCUUGGCUUGGCUUUUCGCUAACCGUCGCUGCCCUCACCGGCGAGCUUGUGUCGGCUCACGGCCAGCAACCGGCGUUGCGGCAUGAUGACUUUGCCCAGGCCUUCACUGGCCCCCGCAGCGACCAGCAACAGUUCCGUUUCUGGCUGCGCGACGAGGACGACGAUGACGGGAAUGACAACGCGAGCAUACCUUUUCGAUUUGCCGGCUUCAACACGUUCGCCAAGGUACCAUGGGCAGACUGCUUCUCGCUGGAGGGCGCCCGCGAACGAUACGACAUUGCCAUUCUGGGCGCCCCGCACGACACGACCGUUACCGCAAGGCCAGGUGCCCGUUACGGGCCCACCGGCAUCCGCACCGCAAGCCAGCAAAAGGCGUACGGCUUCAGUGUCUUCACCGGGCGUAAUCCCCUGCACGAUUGGGCCAAGGUUGUUGACUGCGGCGAUGCGCCGCUGCCGUGGCUGGACAAUAGAGCCGCUAUCAAGACGCUUGAUCGCGCCCACAAGCUCGUAUCCUCACGGACGGCCGCGAACACUGACCGCUCCUCCGUGCCGCGAAUAGUGACUCUUGGCGGCGACCACACAACGACCCUCUCUGCCCUGCGAUCCACCGCCCACAACUGGGGCAAGGUUUCCGUCGUGCACUUUGACAGCCACAUAGAUACCUGGGAUCCCGCAGUCUUGGGCGGCGGCAUUUCCGACUACGCUGGGCUGAACCAUGGCACGUUUCUGCACAUAGCUCAUGAGGAGAACUUAAUCCUCAACACCUCGGUCCAUGCUGGAAUUCGUGCCCCAGUCAAUAGGCGCACGGCCGAUAUGGAAAACGACCGGAGAUGCGGGUUCCACACGAUUACUGCUCGGGACCUCGACAAGCUCGGCAUUCAAGCCGUUGUCGACAAGAUCCGCCAGCGCGUCGGCGACACCAACGUCUACAUUAGCGUGGACAUUGACGUUUUGGAUCCAGCAUUUGCACCAGCAACUGGAACACCAGAGCCCGGCGGCUGGUCCUCACGGGAGCUCCUGUCUAUUCUUGAAGGUCUCGAGGGCCUGAAUGUAAUUGGCGGCGAUGUCGUCGAAGUGGCACCGGUCUAUGAUACCGUCGGGGAGACCACUGCCUUGGUUGCCGCAGACAUAGCGCACACCAUUGUUGACUUGAUGGUGGCCAACCCUGUGUUGACGCCCGAGGGCCGCAAAGGCUGA